AUGGAAGGAGUAUCGGUGGGGGCGUACAAGGGCCUAAGGCGGUACUGGAGGAGGAAGAGGUACGAGCGGCUCGAUGGAGGGGGUUCGAGGCGGAGGGGCCGCGUCGAGGCGGCGAGGAUGGGCGGGAGGAAGCGAGGGUGGAGGAUCAAGAUGACGCCGAAGAUCCGCCUCUUCCGCUUCACCCUCAGCCUCCCCUCUCCCAAGGCUAUGCUACUUCGGCUCCGCGACGGCUACAUCAGGAUGAUGCUCAGCAUCUCCAACUCCCGCGUCUUCGCAGCCGGGGGCGCGGGAGCCCUGGGCACGGGCUUCGGCGGCCAGCCCGUCGGCAACUGCCGCCCGUUCGGGGCGGCGCCGAUCAAGGAGUACGACGAGAAGGUGCUCGUCGAGAUCUACAAGUCGCUGGUGGCGAGGGGCCAGCUGCCCGCCGCCCAAUUGUGA